GCUCUGCGGUGCUCACUCUCGUCAGUCCAGCGCCGAACAUCGUCGAGGAAGCACCGCGUGUUCACGUUACCACAAACACUGAGCUUAUUCUUGUUGGUGAUUGGAAUAAUACUGAGUCUAGUGACAUUUUAAAAUGAACAACAUCGUCUUCUUGCUCUUUGUUUUCGCACCAAUGGUGUUGGCGCAGAGUUGUCCGCCCGAAGACGUGCACUACUACGCAGACUCGCAGUUCUGCGACCGGUACUCGGAGUGCCGCGAGGGCGUCGCGUCAGAGCAACAGUGUCCCGACGGCCUGCUCUUCGAUGACACCAUAACUGAUGGACGUUACCCCUGCACUUACCCUUCUGAGGUCAACUGUGGAUCUCGAACAAAGAAACAGCCUGCCCAGCCGACGGAGCACUGCGGUCACCAGUGGGGCUAUUUCGGGUCAGGCCGACGCUCCGAGUGCGGCUACUUCUUCAACUGCGUCGACGGUCGCGAGUUCCGCUUCGAGUGUCCCGAGGGCCUCGCCUUCUCUUCUGUUACCUACCGCUGCGAGUAUCCUGACGAGUCUCCGGACUGCGACGCUGGAGACUACCUGGGCUUCACGUGCCCUUCUGAGCCGGCGUAUGAACAGCUCCUGAGUCAGGGCAACCCCCGCUACCGCUCGUCGCGCGACUGCCGUCAGUUCUUCCUCUGCUUCGGUACAUCGCCGCGUCUCCAGACCUGCGACCUCGGACGCGUUUACAACCACGACGCUCAAGCCUGCGACGAGCCCGAGAACGUUAGAGGCUGCGAGAGCUACUACCCCGCCGACGAACUGAAGGCCAUCAGGCAGCGGAAGGCCAUUGAGGCGGAGAGGGCGGAGAAGAGGAGGCUGGCUUUUGAACAGCGGUUUGCUGACCUCAACAAGCGCAGAGAUAACAGCUACAACUAAGUAGCGAGUCAUUAUGUGUAAAGUAUUAUGUAACGAAAACCUUAACUCUUGUGCAAUAUGAACUCUGCUGGAGACGAACGACGAAAUGUAAAUACUUCAACUGCAAGUCCAUUUUAUAAAACAACGGAAAAUUGUAAAGAAAAAUUCGACGAAAUGAUGGCCGAGGUAAUUUUCUUGCACAUGUCAGCAAGCAAUUCCAUUUUCCAUCAUGAGCAAACCGAACAAUUACACGUGGUUUUCAUAAUAUCGAGUGUAACGCCGUUCACCUGAUACGAUUGAAGACGCAGAUGUAGAACUUUAAUAUCUUUGGCAAUUAAGUUUUACAUUUUUUCUUCAUUAUAUUAAUUAUUCGAUUAAUUUCAGUAACAUUUAUUUGAAUAAUUACCUUCACGAGCGAGAGCGGAAGAAUCUCGUUGCUUGGUAAUUUUGAAUUUAUCUGAUGUGGGCCACCGAAAUAAACUGAGUUUGUAUA